AUGAAGGUUUUGGCUUGUCCCAAUUCUAAACCAAAUAAGAGUGCAGGAGACCUAGUGGGUAUAGGUACCGAUCGGAGAAUAGCUUCAGGUAGCCCCUAUAGACGACAUCCGUGGGGUUCAUCGGACCUAUAUAACAAAGUGGAGGAUGGCUAUUGGCGCAGUCAAGCCCAAUUCUUCUUUGGUAGUUCCACGGAUCCGAACUUGAUCUGGAAUUACUUAAUUUCGUCAGGGCGGUGGAUGAGGGAGGUGUAUGUGGGCUUUUUGACUCAUACUCUAGCUUCCCAGUUGGUGGAGGCACUAAGUAGCCUUUGGCCCAAGACCUGGGCAAGAAGGCUGGCUGCUCAAGCGUCUUUUCCAAGGAAUUUACCCCAGGGGAAUGGGAAGAACUUCAUUUCAAAUGAGACUAGUAGAAAGGGGUUACAGGGCUAUGCUCUUUCAAAGAGGGAAAGUGGGACGGGCGAUUCUUAUUCCUGUACAGUUUCGUGUUCACGUCCAGUCUUCUCUGUCCACUGGUGCAGCUUCCAGCUCUAUGCUAUGUAUGGUAGUCGUUUGACUCGGGAAUCCCUUCACCCAGCUAGCUCGUCCGUGCCUGGCUUAAGUAUUUGGCCUGGUACGCAGUCCAGUCCUCUUCUCCGGAUACCUCCAUUGAAUCAUGGUGAGAUCAAACCACCAAAAGCUCUGACUUCAAGUUUUAGUUUAGGUGGGACCCGGGUCUCUGGAGGAUUUACUGGUCAAGACUUCUUGGUCUUUGCUCGUGGCCUAAACCAACCACGGGCAAGGAGAGGUGUGGUGGUACUGAGAUUAAUCCUGGACACCACUCCUUCCAACGCCAUCUAUCAAAGUGAAUAG